AAAAUCUGCCAAGGCAGGGGCAAGGGCUAAAAGAAUACACCUUCCUGUUUCCUUUUGUUAACUCUGUUUGAAAAAAGAAAUCACCCCUGAGAAAAGCUUCUAAGAAAUGCCUCUAGUGGUAAUUUCUGGAAUGGAAUUAAACAGAUCGCUGUACAAAGGGGGAAAAAAAAAAAAAGCAAAGCAGGAUGGACUGUGGUGUCAACUCUUAGGUGAGAGGUCAACAGAGGAGGAGUUUCUUUCCUGUGAACUCUAUAAAAGGUCAGCUCAUCCACCACCGAGAGACAGACUCUGCUCCAUCCAUCCUGAGGCUGCAGCUGCUCCCUCCUAGAAUCCCCAAUGGAUUUCACUGGCAGAAGCCUCCACAGAAGCGUGAGUUCCUCCUCGCGGGGCCCUGCACUCAGCGUAAGCAGCUCCAUGUAUAGACUGGGGGGCACGCAGCACCUCCAGGUUGCACCCAGCGUCUAUGGAGGGGCUGGAGGCCACGGCACUCGCAUCUCGACCUCCCGCCGCGUAGUGAGCUAUGGGGGCGAUCUCUCCGGAGGGGACCUGCUUGUCGGCAAUGAGAAGAUGGCCAUGCAGAACCUAAAUGACCGCCUAGCAAGCUACCUAGAAAAAGUGCGCUCCCUGGAGCAGUCCAACUUGCACCUCGAAGUGCAGAUCAGGCAGUGGAAUGAAACCAACGCGCCUAGCGCCAGUCGGGACUACAGUGCGUAUUACAAACAAAUCGAAGCCCUGCGAAAUCAGAUUAAAGAUGCUCAACUGAAAAAUGCCCGAUGUGUCCUACAAAUUGAUAAUGCAAAACUGGCUGCUGAAGACUUCAGACUGAAGUAUGAGACUGAGAGAGGGAUUCGCCUAACAGUGGAAGCUGAUCUCCAAGGCCUCCAUAGGGUCCUGGAUGAUCUAACUCUACGUAAAACAGACUUGGAGAUUCAAAUCGAAGAAUUAAAGAAAGACCUGAUUCUCCUCCAAAAAGAACAUCAGGAGGAAGUGAACAGCCUACGCAGACAGCUGGGCAACACUGUCAGUGUAGAGGUGGAUGCUGCUCCGGGCCUGAACCUCAGCGCCAUCAUGGAUGAAAUGAGGCAGAAGUAUGAAGCCAUGGCCCAGGAGAACCUUCGGAAGGCUAAAGAGCAGUUUGAGCUACAGAUUGAAACUCUGCAUCAAGAAGUCAUCCUGAGCUCUAAAGAGUUAAAAGAAAAUGAGGGUCGCAUAAAGGAGCUGAGACGCACCUACCAGAACCUGGAGAUAGACCUCCAGUCCUAUCUCAGUAAGAAAGACUCUUUGGAGCGUACACUAGCAGAGACCAAAGCUCGUUAUGCUGACCAGUUGGCCACCAUCCAGGCACUGCUAAGCACCCUAGAGUUCCAGCUGAUGCAGAUUCGGACUGAUGCAGAACGCCAGAACAACGACUACAGUAUUCUCCUUGACAUAAAGACCCGGCUUGAGCAGGAAAUUGCAACAUACCGCCGCCUUCUGGAAGGAGAAGAUGUAAUCCACCUGGAGGAGAGAGAUAUAAAGAAAACCAGGAAGAUCAAGACAGUAGUGCAAGAAGUAGUGGACGGCAAGGUCGUGUCUUCUGAAGUCAAAGAGGUGGAAGAAAACAUGUAAAGAGCUGCCAGAAGGAGAUGCUGCUGAAGCUUUGAAAGAAAUGUAGCUAUAAAUUUUGCUCCCUACAAGAAAGUGGCCAUCAGAAAGUACUAUUAAUGCUUUGUAGUGUUCGAGGAGUGGGGGGAAAGCCCAUUUAUCAGUCUCUGUAAUUGAAUAUGAAUUUUACUCAGGGGAGUUGCAAAUUGCCUGUAAAAAUGAAAUCCAAUGAGCACUAGGAUAUUUAAAACAUCAUUACUGCCAUCUUUAUCUCGAAGCACAUUAAUUACAAGCUAUAGACAACCUAAUAUCAAUUCAUUAAUGUUCCUGAAAAUUACAGCACAUUUCAAUUAUACUAAAUUUCACAAAGCAGAGGAGUCUAUGCAAAUUGCAAAUAAACCUCUCUCGCUAAUUUUUCCUGCUUCUGAGUUGUAAACUCUCCUCUCAGGGACCCCUGGAUAAUGGAGCCAUUUCUUGAUUCGUUUCAUUGAAUUUUCAGUAUCGGUACCAUUCUGCUAGCUUUGAGCUAUAUCUGCUUUUUUUUUCAUUGUCUCCAUUGCCUUUUAAAACUCAACUCCACUCUUUGAAUAAUUUGAGAGUCAAAUUCCAAUCAUAAAUGCUGAGCAGAAGAAGAAUGAAGCACAUUAUGCUUGAAAUGGGAGUAGAUUGAAAGCAAAAUUAGUAAAACCUUCCUCACAGCAGAAUGCUUCUCCUUAUGAUAAUAAACUGCAUAAAUCAUU